UGUUACUCUCCCCCUCUCGCUCUUAAUUUACAGAAAUAUUAACACAAUAUCAUGUCGAUAUUUGGUGAAGUACCGCUGGCUGCUCCUGUCGCAGUGUUUAAACUUUCAGCAGAUUUCCGUGAAGAUCAGAACCCCAGCAAGGUGAAUCUGGGAGUCGGAGCCUACAGGACAGAUGAAUGUCAGCCUUGGGUUCUCCCCGUGGUGAGAAAAGUGGAGAAGAUGAUCGCUGAUGACCAUAGUUUGAACCACGAGUACCUGCCCAUUUUAGGCCUGCCAGAGUUUCGUUCCAGUGCGUCUAAGAUCGCUCUGGGUGAAGACAGUCCUGCCAUCAAGGACAACCGGGUAGGAGCUGUGCAAUGUUUGGGUGGUACUGGCGCUCUAAAGAUCGGAGCAGAGUUUCUUCGCCGCUGGUACAAUGGAACUGACAACACAAAAACUCCCAUUUAUGUGUCUGCACCCACAUGGGAGAACCACAAUGCCGUUUUCUCUAAUGCUGGAUUUGAGGACAUCCGUCCAUACAAAUAUUGGGAUGCAGGGAAGCGUGGACUUGAUCUGACAGGUUUUCUGGGUGACCUGGAGAGCGCUCCUGAUCACUCCAUCUUUGUGCUGCAUGCCUGCGCUCACAACCCCACCGGUACAGACCCGACCCAGGACCAAUGGAAGCAGAUCGCUGAUGUCAUGAAGCGAAAGAAUCUGUUUGCCUUCUUUGAUUCAGCCUAUCAGGGUUUUGCCUCAGGAAAUUUAGAGAAAGAUGCCUGGGCUAUCCGCUACUUCGUGUCACAGGGUUUUGAAUUGUUCUGUGCCCAGUCGUUCUCAAAGAACUUCGGUCUGUACAAUGAGAGAGUGGGGAACCUGACAGUUGUAUCUAAAGACCAAGACAAUUUGAAUCGUGUUCUGUCUCAAAUGGAGAAGAUCGUUCGGAUAACCUGGUCCAAUCCUCCGUCCCAGGGAGCUCGUGUGGUUGCCAUCACACUCAACACCCCUGAGCUUUUUGCUGAAUGGAAGGACAAUGUAAAGACUAUGGCAGACAGGGUCCUUUUGAUGCGUGCGCAGCUGAAAGAAAAACUAAAAGCACUAGGAACUCCAGGAACCUGGGAGCACAUCACUGAACAGAUCGGCAUGUUCAGCUUCACAGGACUCAAUCCUAAACAGGUGGAGUACAUGAUAAAAGAGAAGCACGUUUAUCUAAUGGCGAGCGGUCGCAUCAACAUGUGUGGCCUCACCUCCAAGAACAUCGACUAUGUGGCCGAGUCCAUUCAUGAGGCCGUCACUAUAGUCCAAUAAGCACCUUUACCACACUUCCCGUUUGUGUGUGUGUGUCCACAUGAACAUAGACGCACACAGACACACACACAUACUGAUAAACACCUCAGCUUUUCCUGGUCUAAUUUACUCAUCAGCAUUUCAACAUCCUGUUUUAACUUGUAAUUAUAAAGAAUUGAAUCGGUCCCAGAAGAUAUACAUUUCCUUCUCCUAAAUAGUCUCUGUAGUGAAUAUUUCAAAUAAUCGUGUUUGUAUGAAUAAGCACUUUGUGGUAGAGUUACAGUCAACCAAACGUCUUUGGAUUUCAUUGACCUGAAGUUCCAUUUUGAACGAUUUUGUGAUCUUUCAUGGUCCUUAUAUUAAAUUCACACAGCUUAGUGUCACUGAAUCAGUUAUAUAAAGUUGAAGGGGAAAGAUCUUAAGAACUAGCCCUAUAUUAAC